CGUUCGAGAAAAGAGCCCUCGGAAACCGAUCAAAAUAAAACAAAAACAAAAAUAAAGGAGGACGCUUCCCACACCCGCCAAAAGAAAAAAUCAAAGGGUAUCGUACCAGCACCAGGGACUACGCACCAGGGCAUGGGAGUAACGGAGCAAACAGGACAAAGAGGCAGCAGAUGGGCAGACAGCCAGACAUAAAAAAACAAAGGCAACAGCAAAGCGAGAUCAAGGUACCCAACACAGCAGAGCAGGGAUGUCAUGAAAAAAAGAAACACAGAAACACAGCACAGAGGCCGAAGGCAAUACAAAGGACAUACAUCAAGGAGCAUUGCAUACAGCAGGGAGGGAAACAGGGCGCAACAGCAUCAGCCGGGUACCUAGUUCGCCACAAGUGCUGCCUCGGCCGCCCUACUCGCUUCUACAGCAGUGCCCGGUCGCCGUUUCUUCCCCCCUACCGCCGCUUCCCCGGCUCCCUUUCUCUUCGGUCCUGAGGCCGUACUCUCUGCUUCUGCUUCCCUCGCGCGCUGGCGCUUCGCGGACGCUUCCGCCUCCCGCCUGUGCCAUUUCCUCGUAAACCAUGCCGCCCCGUCCUCGACGUUGUUGUACCACACCUCCGGGUCCUUGGCGCUCUCUUUCCAUUUACCCCCUUCCUUUUCGUCUCCCAUGUUAAAGGCCACGAGGUCCUCUCCUGGACGAGACACCCAGCCGCUCUCCUGCCCGCCCCGGUAUCCCACGCCCCCCGCCAUCGCUCCUAAC